UCAGGCUGGUUGGCCGUGUGUCGUCAUUGCUAUUGAGCCGAGGCUGGGACGAAAAAGAGAAGAAUUAACUCUUUGGCUAGUUAACCCAACAGCAAGGACUAGUUCGGUGCGUCGCAAGACCUACUCGUAUCAACCCAGCGACCACAGACCUUACAAAGGAUAAGGAAAGAUGCCUGCAGGCCUAGGAACUUCGUACAGCUCUCUGUCCGAGGAUGUGUACAAGUCGACGACCACCUCGGCCGCCCCCGACAAGUUCAAUGUGCUGGACUCGAUGAAGAAGGCCUUCCAGCAAAAUUUCAAAGGUGGCUCCAGCAUACUGAACAGUAUCGGGGGUGGGCCGGGGGCCAGGGCUCGCCACUCCAACUCGCUCGACACGGUCAGUCUGCACGCCGACGAGCCCACGCCCAUUAUCAUUGGCAGGGAUAGCAGAAGGAUGCCCAGCUCAGCCGAAGAGACUGCCCUCUUGGGCACAAUGCCCAGCGACAGCAUGGACGACAUUGAGCUCAAGAACAUCCAGCUGCAGUUCCCCACUGCGCGCACCCUCUCGAGGGAUGACACCAACACCACAGAGGAGCAGGUCAUGACCGAAAAGGGCUCCAUCCUGGUCGCCAUCCAGGGUGACCGCCGCAAACCUGCCAUCAUGUCUUUCCACGACAUCGGCCUCAACUACAUUGCCAAUUUCCAAGCGUUCUUCAACUACAUCGACAUGAGGGCCCUACUGGAAAACUUCUGCGUGUAUCACGUCAACGCCCCAGGACAGGAGGAGGGUGCUCCAGCCUUGCCUGAGGACUACAUCUAUCCUACCAUGGAUGAACUCGCUGACAUGCUCAACAUUGUGAUGGCACACUACAAUCUCAAAAGUGUAAUUGGCUUUGGCGUAGGCGCUGGCGCAAAUAUUUUGGCGAGGUUUGCUCUGAACUACCCAAACAAGGUGGAGUGUAUGUGCCUGAUCAACUGCGCCUCGACCCAAGCUGGCUGGAUCGAGUGGGGAUAUCAGAAAAUGAACCUGCGCAACCUGCGAGCCAAGGGGAUGACCGAAGGCGUGCGCGACUACCUCAUGUGGCACCACUUUGGAAAGGGCACAGAUGAGCGCAACCACGACCUUGUUGAGGUGUACAAGCAGUACUUUGAGCGGCACGUGCAGCCGGUCAACCUGGCACUCUUCAUCGACAGUUACAUCCGCCGCUCAGACCUGAGCAUCUCCCGAGAGACCGACCCUGGCAAGAAGAACGAGAACACACUGCGCAUGUCUGUCAUGAACAUCACAGGCGCCUUCAGCCCUCAUAUCGACGACACGGUCACUCUCAACGGACGUUUGGACCCCACCAACUCCACUUGGAUGAAGAUUCAAGAUUGCGGCAUGGUGCUGGAAGAGCAGCCAGGAAAGGUUUGCGAAGCUUUUCGUCUGUUCCUGCAAGGCCAGGGCUAUGCUGUGGCACUCGGGAGGAAGUUGUCGUCAGCCUCAGUCGAAGGACUCUACACAAUCGGAAAAGGCAAAAUGGCCAAAACGUGUCGUCAGGCGACCACGUCUGUGUCUCUGGAUGGCAUUGACAGUGCCGUCGCCAAUAUCCAUAUCACCGAAAAUCCCAUCUCAGAGGCUGCAGUCUGUUAAGCGCCGGCGUCUCUCAUCUAGAACACAAGCAAGCGACCAUCAACACACGCAGAAGCACUCGCAGCAGCUUUUUGGAUCACUGAGAAAAUUGUUGUGUUUUUGUACAAUCCGUUGGCCUACUCAAUGUCACUGCGAUGGUCCAUUGGGGAUAGUGAGUUUAUUGUUAAAACAAGAAUAAGAAAGAUAACGUAAUAGUGAUCUAGUUGCGCAACACACCCUCCUCGAGACAAGUAAAAAUGAGCCGAGAAUCACGGAAUAAAUUAAUGGAAAACACACUGCUUCUAGUCAAUGUCUUGAAAUGCUUGCUGCCUCGAUUCUUACUGAGCAUUUAAUUUGUUUCUUUCCUCCUCUUAAUUAAUUCGUCUUGACCACAGCAGAGCCUUUUCUUGUGAUAGACCAUUUAGCAAGUUGGACGCCAAGUCUUCACAAUACCAGAUUAAAUAAUUCGUAGCCGAUAGGCAGUGUUGUUACAUUGAUAAGUGGGCGACCGGGAAAGAACUGAUGAUGGAUUUUGCAUAACUGUUAUUUCAAAUUAUGCAUUGCUGGGUGGACACGUGUUUUCUAUAGGAUGUACAUGUUUUGCCCAUGUUUUCUUUCUUUACAAAAAUAACAUAUGGUAAUUAUGGCAGUAGAUUCAAAUUCAGUUGCCAAGCUCGUCUUUUGUAAGAUUUUGUGCAACUCUCACUGAGGAACGAAUCACCAAGUCGAGUAUGUUUUAAUUUUAGUUUUAUAUUUUAAGGUUCCAACUUAUACAUUUGUCUUGUGGUUCUCUUUGGAUUAAACUGAUCGUGUACAGCAUUAGUUCUAGUUCAUUUUACCUUAUUUUAUCAUUAAUUUUGUGUCGGCUAAAAUAAAAUUUAUACAGAUAUUUGAAAAUACCCAUCAAA